GACAGCGGGAAUCACCUCUGGCAUGACUUUCUGCGGCAUCAUUGGCCACCCGCUUCGCCAAGAGUACACCGUGAUCGGACGCAAGGUGAACCUGGCCGCUCGGCUGAUGAGCAAGUACUCCGACUACCUGAUGGUGUGCGACGAAGACACGUACCAGCGUUCCGUGCUCCUCAUGGGGCAAAACAACUUCAAGGAACUCGAGUGGCGCAAGCUCAAGGGCAUCGAGCACAUGGGCCGCGUUUUCCAGGUCAAAAUCAGCACCGAGGAAGAGGUGAUGAACGAGAUCGCCAACUUCGACGACCCCGUGAUGGGCAUGACGCACGAGAAAGAGGUGGCCGACAGCUUCCUCAUGGACUUCCUCACCAAGCGACGCAUGCCCAAGCACAUGCUGCUUCUGCGCGGCGAGACCGGCUGCGGAAAGAGCCACCUGCUCUUCGCCACCGUCAAGAUGGCCGUCAAGAGGGGCUUCAAGCCUGGAACGUGCCACGCUAGCGUGCGGACGAUGCGAAACCCGUUCAGCGCUGUGUGCUUCCUGCUCAGCCGGCUGCUGGACAGCUACGGCCUCAAUCCGCAGCAGGAGAACAACACCAUCCUGGACGACAUACUCGGAGCCGACUCGUCCACGCCUCUCGUCAUCAAAGAGGGCAUCAUCCGACUCAAGAACGCGCCUGCCCUGAGGCUGGCGACGGCAGGAAGCCUGGCGGACGUCUCGUGGCAGAACAAGAGCGUGGCCCAGGCGAAGGACCACCUAAUAGCGAUCACAGAGUCGCUGUGCACAAAGGCUCCGUGCAUCUUGGCGGUGGACGAUGCCAACUACAUGGACACGCUGUCCUGGGAGCUGCUGGACAAGUUCGGCCAGCUCACGAGCCAGUACCCGUGCGUAGUGGCCCUGACGUCCAUCCCGCACUCCGAGCGUGUCCAGCAGCCGCUGCAGAUCCAGAAGAUCAUGGCCAAGGCUGUGCUCAUUGUGGACAUUCAGCCGCUGAGCAAGGAGUACAUCCCAGACUUCUGCUUCCAGAGGCUGCAGGUCAAGGGCAUACACAACCAGAUUUUGCGCCUUCUGAAGGAGUACACCAAGGGCAACCCCGCCGCCAUGGUGGAGAUUUUCCAGGUGCUGAAGCAGAAAAACCUGAUCCACAACAUCAACUCGACGACGACCCCGGAGGCACGCAUCAAGCGUGAGUUCACCUUGGCCAAGGAGGACGAGCACGAGCUGCGAGAGCAUCGUCCGGGAGAGGGAUUCACAAUCUGCGACGUCGUUGGCGAGGGGCUCAUGGAUGACGUGCAGGUACCGGACUCCCUUCAAGCCCUGACCGUCGUGCGAAUGGAGAUGCUCAACGAGAAGGAGGUCGUGCUCCUCAAGAGGGCAUCCGUGUGUGGCAAGACGUUCGAAAUCUCUCUGCUGAAACUUCUCAGCUCCACCAUUACCACAGCCGAGAUCAACGUCGCCCUCAAGAAGCUGGUGGAGCAGCACUUUGUCACGUGCUCGGCGAACACGACCACUUCGUUCGUGUACCUGCUCGAGGGCAAGGUGCAGGAUGCCCCCGAGUGCCCCCAGUGUGGCCAGGUUGGCUCGCUCAUGCGCUUCCAUUCGGCGGCCGUGCACAAGACCAUCUACGCCACGCUCACUUACGACAGCAAGGCGGACAUCCACCAGGAAAUCGCGACGUGCCUCGAGGAGAAUGCCCUGCAAUGUCGCUUCUGCAAGGAGUACCUCAGCGUCGAGGUGUACACCUCGGCAACGGACGAGUUCCUCAUGCAGUCGCCCCCGGAUAAAGCCGACCUGCGUGUGUGCAAGUGCCACAAGAUGAAGGCGAGCGCGUACGGCCAGAUCGGCAACCACUACUUCAUGGCCGGCAUGCGUGGCCGAGCGCUCGAGGCCUUCCUGUCCGCUACGCAGUGCUCGCUCGAUGUGGACGACGUCAAGAAGGCCGAGGAGUACCUGGAGAGCAGCGAGAACGUCUUCAAGGCCUCCAGCUGGGAGAACGUGGAUGAGCGCUACCUGAAGCUCAAGCGCAUCGCCAUUAGCCGCAUGAGAGCGACCAUCCAGCUCUACUACGGCAACAUCGACGCCUCGCUGCAAGAGAUCAAGCUGGCGUUCCAGUGGCUGGGCAGGAAUAUCCCGAAGGACUACCGCAAGAACGCCUCCAACUACGCUCUGCGCGUUGUCCAGUGCUGCCGCGUGGACGAGAUCGAGGAGGAAGAGUUCUGUCUGAACACAGCGGCACGCGUGUUCCUGAAUCGGCGCGACCCCCGCGUGGCCCUGGACGUGUCCAGCCACUUCUGGGAGCUGGUCACCUGCCGGAGCGCGCCGCUUUACAAGAAGAUGCCGGCCAUCUCCCUGGUGAUCGAGAGCAGCCACUACGUACACAUCGCGUACAAGAAGCAGAAGAAACUCGAGGACACGGCCAUCAAGGACUGCAUCCACUCGCUGGAGGUCGAGAAGCAUCCCCGAGUGAGCGAUUUGGUGGCCGUGCUCAACACGCUCAUCAAGAUCGUCGAAGUGCGCUUCUUGCGCACCGAAAUUGCCUCGGCCGUUGACGUGGGGUACGAAGCUUUUCGCAUCGCCCUCAGCGUCCACUACACAUCCAUGCUGCUGAAGAUAUUGCCGUACCUGGCACAGACGCUGCUGUACAGCAAGAACCACAGCAAGUGCCGCGAAGUGCUGAGCCACCUGCGGCACGUGGCCGAGGUCGCCGAGGACACCGUCGGCAUGGCUCUCUACUACGGUGGCCUGGCCGAGCUCCUUGUGCACCAGUUUGGCAUCGACGUGCCGGCGCUGGACAACGUGCAGGAGCUGUACAAGACGUGCCUGGAGUUUGCCAUCAGCCAAUGCAGCAAGGCACCGUACACGAAUAACAACGAGAUCGAGUUCUACCUCACCGCGGCCAUGGCUAUGUGGACAUCCUCGUGCGGCCUGGACCAAAGCUGCAAGGAAUGGCUCCGGCGAGCCAAGGAGCUCAAGCGCUCCUUCCACUGGCGUUCUUCCUACUGGGGACGUCGUGCACAGCGCCACCUGUCUGAGAUCAAGUGGAAGUGAAGGUCGCCUGCAUUCGCGUGGAGCGGUGCGCUGUUCCUGCCUGCGCACUUUCAGCGCGCAUUCCACCAGCGCGCAAGAGCACGCAGUAUUGGAGGGGGAAAAAAAUGAAAGUAGUAAAUAUCGUUCAAUUCGACCCGGAUAAUAUACUGCCUCCGACAUGUUUCGGUAAUUCUUAUUUAAAUAUCUAAACUGUUUAGUUUAAUGUUUACAAUACUAUGUCAAAGCUGUACGUGCAUUUAUAAUAUUACGUGAAAUAAACUUGAAGGGCUAGAUUUUGUUAAACAUGACCACAUAAAGCCAACAGACAAUGAAGCCAAAGAAAGUAUCGGGAAAAUUAAGUGUGGUUGAAAUUGGAGUGUAGAAAAUAAUAAAAAGGGAAAUGAAAGUGGACGAAAAGAUAACUGGUUACCGGCGGGGAGCCGAACCAGCAACCUCCGCAUUACGUGUGCGUUGCACUACCAAUAGUGCUACGGAAACGGCCAUCAAUUCGUCCACUAACUUGAGUAUUUAUGUUUACUAGAUCUAGCCCUAGGAGUAUAAGCCAGCGCCACUCGAAGCCGUGGUGGGUAUCCUUUUUGGCCCGAUGGCGUCACGUAACACGUGAUAUUGGGAGAGCAGGCACGUGGCUAAUAAGCCCUCUCAUGCUACCUAAUGACAUCAAGGCCUGCCAGAUUCGAGACCCUCGAAUCUGGCAAAUAAACUUGUUGUCUGUGUUCCAUGUCGUGUUUGAGUUGCACCUUGCCACAUUUCUGCUUCUCACCCUGUCGGUAGUAGAGAGAAUAAAACAUUUAUUGGUGAAAGUUGAUAGUCGUUUUGUGGUU